CGUACAUCAACAUUACGUCAAUGUGGGUUUUUUUGUCACGGAAGAAUAAAUUAAUUUAUUUUUAUUUUAUUUAUUUACAAUGAAAGUUUUAGAGUUGUAUAGUGGAAUAGGUGGAAUGCAUUUUGCAUUUGAAGAGUCUGGAAUCGAAGGAUGUAUUUCAAUGGCAGCUGAAAUAAAUCCAAUAGCCAAUGAAGUGUAUAAGUAUAAUUUCCCAGACACCGAUCUAUCUGGUCGCAAUAUUCAAGGCUUAACACCUGAUGUCAUAAAUAAAAUGAAUAUCAACUUAAUCUUAAUGUCUCCACCAUGUCAACCAUUUACAAGAAAUGGAAAUUUUGGCGACGAUGAGGAUCCUAGAUCUGAUUCAUUUAUUCACAUUCUAUCAAUGAUCAAAGAUUUGAAAGAUCUUAAUUAUAUUUUAAUAGAGAAUGUUAAAGGAUUUGAGAAAUCGAAUACUAGGAAUUUUUUAAAGAAAACUUUAGAAGAAGCAAAUUUUACUUACCAAGAAUUUAUACUAUCGCCUUUGCAGUUUGGAAUACCUAAUUCGAGGCAUCGUUAUUAUUGUUUGGCGAAGAAAAAUUCAUUAGAAUCCGACUUUACACCAAACGUUAUAAAAACAAAUUUAAAUAUCGACACAGCAGAGCCAUUUCCAUUAAAGGAUAUAUUAGAAGAAAAUAUUGUUGUAAACGAUUACGAACUUCAAGAAAAACAAUUAUGUAAAUACAUAAAAGUAUUAGACAUAUGUUACAAAGAUUCAAAUCGCUCCUGUUGUUUUACAAAAGCAUAUGGCCGAUAUCUAGAUGGAACAGGAAGCGUUUUCUGUCCAAUUAGUGAAGAGACGGCAAAUAACAUUCUAAAAGAAGCUAAAAAUACAGGUGUGUCCAUUGAAAAUUUGAAAAGAUUACAAUUAAGGUACUUCACUCCAAAGGAAAUUUCAAGAUUAAUGUGUUUCCCAGAAAAAUUUAAUUUUCCACCUUCAAUUACGACAAAACAACGUUACCGAUUACUGGGGAAUAGUAUUAACAUUAAAGUUGUUUCGUUGUUGAUCCGAUUAUUGAUAAAUAAUUCACUUGAAUCGAUUAAAAGUUAAUUUUACGCCAUAGACAUAUUACGUAUUAUAUUAAAUAUACACUGAUUUUAUGGAUAUUCCUUGCAAAUAAGCUGUAAUUGCACUGUGGAUCUUUUGCGAACUACAGUUGAUAACAAUGAAAUUUUGCUAAUGCCGCGAAUACACGAUCCCAGUAUUUCAAACCAUAGCUGAAUAUUAUUGAAAAUUAAAACAUAGCAUUGGAAUAUUGGGCUGGGUUAAAACACUGGCUCCUUGUGUAUCAGAUCCAACGUGUAUCAGUACAAUAUAGUCUUUAUAGGUUUGUUAUAACCAUAUUUGUAGAGAUCGCUAGGUAAUUGUCAAGUGGUCUAGCUAAAUCGUAGCUCUUGCUACACUUUAAGCUCUAGUUACUGCAACAACUACAUUAAGAAUCACAAUCAUUAACGGUUUUAUAAUCGAAUAUUACCAACUACAGCCAAAGAUAAUUGAUAAAAUAAUUACGAUCCACGGUGUAAAUAUCAUCUAAUAUUAAUUAAUCUAGAUGAAGAUAUAUUUUUUAAAUUUUGAAGCGAUCUAUUA